AUGGUGGGGAUAGGGAAGGAAGAGCGGGCCGGAGGUGAUCCGAAAACGAAAGCCAACAUGGCAAAUGUGGAGGAGGGAGGUGUGGAAAAGCGUGAUCCUGUGAAGUCAUACUCGCAAAAAUUCUGGGACAUUGUGCAGGGAGGCUGGAAGUGGACGUCCGUGGCUCGACACAACGCGGUGGUUCUGCUUCAGCAGCCGAAGCCCGAAAAACGCGAGAAAUGGAUCAUUUUCGGCAGUACGCUAUACACCGAGGGGAAGUCUGGCGAAUACACAGCACAGGAGCUGCUCUUCGACCGAAUCUCGCCUGACCCGUCGAAUCGUCUUGUUUACGUCCGCACGGUCGACUGGAAGCCAUUCAUCGCUAAUCCGAUCCCGUGCUCGUCCAUAAAUCUUCAUUUUGAAACACGAGCUGAUCAAGUUCGGGUUCUGGAAGCAAUCAGAGCCGCCUAUGCCGAGCCAAAACCGACUUCAUGGAGUAUGAGCGAGGAGGACGCUGAACUAAAAAGGGAACACGAGCGGGAGCUCGCCGAAAAACUGGAUGACGUCGAAGCGCAAAACCCUGCGGGUCAACCAACAAGCAGAUGUCAUACACUAAUGCCGUUGGUGGCCAUUUCUGGGAUCGCCGAUGUUUAUGAACGAUGGGUCGAUUCGGAACAUUCUCGACGUGUGGUGGAAGAUUGGCCCGAAGUGGUGGUGAUGAAAAAUUGUGCUCUGCGACUAUUCAAAAAGGGAGCCGGAGAAUGUUGCCCUCCAUCGCAAAUCACCAUC